CUUUGGACACUAAACCUUCACAUGUCAACGUUUCUUGGGUGUUUUCUCUUCAGUACAGCCCUGCUGAAUGGUCUCCCGAUGAGGAGGUACUUGAAACGUAGAGAAGUCGCAUUUCCGCCCGAGGGAGACGACGCGAGAUGAUUUUUCUAAAUAUGAUUUUUGAUCCCCGUGGGCCUCCAGCCUGGACUACAUUUCCCAUCAAUCCGUGCUCGGAACUACGGGCACCGAUGUGUGGUCCAGCGCCGUUGGCCGCGGCGCAGUCGGCAAGCUGUCGGCCGACUGGCGGGCGCUUCGCGGUUUGAAUGGCUGGGGGCCCAGGCCCUCGGCUCACCUGAGGCCCCGCCGCCCAGGUGUGCGCUAUGCCGUCGGGAGGCAACCAAUCGCCGCCGCCGCCCCCCCCUCCCCUUCCGGCUGCGGCGGCCUCGGAUGAGGAGGAGGGGGACGAUGCCGAGGCGGAGGACGCAGCGCAGCCGGCCCGGUCGCCGGCCCCUCAGACCCAACAGCGGUUCGACGAGCUGUGCAGCCGCCUGAACAUGGACGAGGCGGCGCGGGCCGAGGCCUGGGACAGCUACCGGAGCAUGAGCGAGAGCUACACGCUGGAGGGAAAUGAUCUUCAUUGGUUAGCAUGUGCCUUAUAUGUGGCUUGCAGAAAAUCUGUGCCAACUGUAAGCAAAGGGACAGUUGAAGGAAACUAUGUAUCUUUAACUAGAAUCCUGAGAUGUUCAGAGCAGAGCUUAAUUGAAUUUUUUCACAAGAUGAAGAAAUGGGAAGACAUGGCAAACCUACCCGCACAGUUCAGAGAACGGACUGAGAGAUUAGAAAGAAACUUCACUGUUUCUGCUGUAAUCUUUAAGAAAUAUGAACCCAUUUUUCAGGACAUUUUUAAAUAUCCUCAAGAGGAGCAACCUCGUCAACAAAGAGGAAGAAAACAGCGGCGACAGCCCUGUACCGUGUCUGAAGUUUUCCAUUUUUGUUGGGUGCUUUUUAUAUAUGCAAAAGGUAAUUUCCCCAUGAUUAGUGACGAUUUGGUUAAUUCUUAUCAUCUUCUGCUGUGUGCUUUGGACUUAGUUUAUGGAAAUGCCCUUCAAUGUUCCAAUCGUAAAGAACUUGUGAACCCUAAUUUUAAAGGCCUAUCUGAAGAUUUUCACGCUAAGGAUUCUAAACCUUCCUCCGACCCACCUUGUGUCAUUGAGAAACUCUGUUCCUUACAUGACGGCCUAGUUUUGGAAGCAAAGGGAAUAAAGGAACAUUUCUGGAAACCCUAUAUUAGGAAACUUUUUGAAAAAAAGCUCCUUAAGGGAAAAGAAGAAAAUCUUACUGGUUUUUUAGAACCUGGGAAUUUUGGAGAGAGUUUUAAAGCCAUCAAUAAGGCCUAUGAGGAGUAUGUUUUAUCUGCCGGGAAUUUAGACGAGCGGAUUUUUCUUGGAGAGGAUGCUGGAGAGGAAAUUGGCACCCUCGCAAGGUGUUUGAAUACUGGUUCAGGAACAGAGACUGCUGAAAGAGUGCAGGUGAAAAACAUCUUGCAGCAGCACUUUGACAAGUCUAAAGCACUUAGGAUCUCUACCCCACUUACUGGUGUGAGGUACAUUAAGGGUAACAGCCCUUGUGUGACUCCAGUUUCUACAGCUACACAUAGCUUGAGUCGUCUUCACACCAUGCUCACAGGCCUCAGGAAUGCACCAAGUGAGAAACUGGAACAGAUUCUAAGGACGUGUUCCAGAGAUCCAACCCAGGCUAUAGCCAACAGAUUGAAAGAAAUGUAUGAAAUAUAUUCUCAGCAUUCCCAGCCAGAUGAGGAUAUCAGUAAUUGUGCUAAAGAAAUUGCCAGCAAACAUUUUCGUUUUGCAGAGAUGCUUUACUAUAAAGUAUUAGAAUCUGUUAUUGAGCAGGAACAAAAACGACUGGGAGACAUGGAUUUAUCUGGCAUUCUGGAACAAGAUGCAUUCCACAGAUCGCUCUUGGCCUGCUGCCUUGAGGUCGUCACUUUUUCUUAUAAGCCUCCUGGGAAUUUUCCAUGUAUUACUGAAAUAUUUGAUGUGCCACUUUAUCAUUUUUACAAGGUGAUAGAAGUAUUCAUUAGAGCAGAAGAUGGCCUUUGUAGAGAAGUGGUAAAACACCUUAAUCAGAUUGAAGAACAGAUCUUGGAUCAUUUGGCGUGGAAACCAGAGUCUCCACUAUGGGACAGAAUUAGAGACAAUGAAAACAGAGUUCCUACAUGCGAAGAGGUCAUGCCACCUCAGAACCUGGAAAGAGCGGAUGAAAUUUGUAUUGCUGGCUCCCCUUUGACUCCCAGAAGGGUGAGUGAAGUUCGUGCUGAUGCUGGAGGACUUGGAAGAAGCAUAACGUCUCCAACCACAUUAUACGAUAGGUACAGUUCUCCAACAGCCAGCUCUACCAGAAGGCGGCUAUUUGUUGAGAAUGAUAGCCCCACUGAUGGAGGGACACCUGGCCGCAUCCCCCCACAGCCUCUAGUCAAUGCUGUCCCUGUGCAGAAUGUAUCUGGGGAGGCUGUUUCUGUCACACCAGUUCCUGGACAGACUUUGGUCACCAUGGCGACAGCCACUGUCACAGCCAACAAUGGACAAACAGUGACUAUUCCUGUACAAGGCAUUGCCAAUGAAAAUGGAGGAAUAACAUUCUUCCCAGUCCAAGUCAAUGUUGGGGGGCAGGCACAAGCUGUGACUGGUUCCAUCCAGCCCCUCAGUGCUCAGGCCCUGGCUGGAAGCUUAAGCUCUCAACAGGUGACAGGAACGACCUUGCAAGUCCCUGGUCAGGUGGCCAUUCAACAGAUUUCCCCAGGUGGACAACAGCAGAAACAAGGCCUACCUUUAACCAGCAGCAACAUUAGACCCAGGAAGACCAGCUCUUUAUCGCUUUUCUUUAGAAAGGUUUAUCACUUAGCAGGUGUCCGUCUUCGGGACCUUUGUGCUAAAUUGGAUAUUUCAGAUGAACUGAGGAAAAAAAUCUGGACCUGCUUUGAAUUCUCCAUAAUUCAGUGUCCUGAACUUAUGAUGGACAGACAUCUGGACCAGUUGUUAAUGUGUGCCAUUUAUGUGAUGGCAAAGGUCACAAAAGAAGACAAGUCCUUCCAGAAUAUUAUGCGUUGCUAUAGGACUCAGCCACAGGCCCGGAGCCAGGUAUAUAGAAGUGUUUUGAUAAAAGGGAAAAGGAAAAGAAGAAAUUCUGGCAGCAGUGAUAGCAGAAGCCAUCAGAAUUCUCCAACAGAACUAAACAAAGACAGAACCAGUAGAGACUCCAGUCCUGUCAUGAGGUCAAGCAGCACCUUGCCAGUUCCACAGCCUAGCAGUGCCCCUCCUACACCUACUCGUCUCACAGGUGCCAACAGUGAUGUGGAAGAGGAGGAGAGGGGAGACCUUAUUCAGUUCUACAACAACAUCUACAUAAAACAAAUUAAAACAUUUGCCAUGAAGUACUCACAGGCAAAUGCAAUGGAUGCUCCUCCACUCUCUCCCUAUCCGUUUGUAAGAACAGGCUCUCCUCGCCGAAUACAGUUGUCUCAAAAUCAUCCUGUGUACAUAUCCCCGCAUAAAAAUGAAGCAAUGCUUUCUCCUCGAGAAAAGAUUUUCUACUACUUCAGCAACAGUCCUUCAAAGAGACUGAGAGAAAUUAACAGUAUGAUACGGACAGGAGAAACGCCAACCAAAAAGAGAGGGAUUCUUCUGGAAGAUGGAAGUGAAUCACCUGCAAAAAGAAUUUGCCCAGAAAAUCAUUCUGCCUUAUUACGCCGUCUCCAAGAUGUAGCUAAUGACCGAGGUUCCCACUGAGGUUAGUCUGUUGUAUUGAAACUGUCUUUUCACAAACUCUGUUUAGCAGCAUCAUGUAAUGCAUCCUAGAUUAUGGGGCUCUUUUCCUUAAUCCUUCCAGUAUCCUUAGGAUAUUUUUACUUAUCCCAACUGCCUUUUUCCCUACCUUUCAGUGCUUGCCAUCAAGGCUGCUUAGAAUCCAAACUUGGAUUUUUUUUAACUCUUUGGCAAAGCUACUGCAAGAAUUGCAGAGAACAAAGUAUACUCAAAUGUGUGUAUAAGAGGUCUCCAUUAACGUGUUCCAGCAGAGGAACUGUAUUUCAAUUCAUUCCUACCUGGCCCUCAUGAAAAGCAAAAAUAGGUAUUUUGUCCUAAAACACUUGGUAGGAGUGUGAGAUUUUUGCAUUCCUAAAAGGUAAAACAAGGUAGAGCGCCCAGAUUUGAAGGUCCUAGAUUAUUAGUCCAAGUCUCCCAUUCCCUUUGUGUAAUUCUUCCCUCUCCCCGUUAGGUGUGGUGCAGUGUGACAAGUGCUUGAUUGAUGUGCAAUGUGUGAGUGAACCUGUAUAAGAAGUGGCACUUUAGGGCUGUAAAAAGCAUGAUUUUGUAACCCAGAUUUUGCUGUAUAUUUGCAAUGGCACUUUCUACAAUGUGAACUUUAUUAAGUACAAAACUUCUAGGCUGAACUUAAUUCAGUAUCUUCUUUGAUGCUUUUGUACUUUUUUAAAAUUGUUAAAGCCCCAGUAGCUACCUUUUGGGCAUGUGUUUUAAAUUCUCCAUUUUUUUGUUGAUUGAUAGGGAUCAGCUGGCUAAGUAAAGAUUUUAAAUCAAGUUGCAUUAAGAGGAUUAUUAUGAAAAAUUAUGACCUCUUCCUUUAGGAGGCAGUUAUCCAAAAGACGUGUGUCUUUAUUAAGGUGAUAUAUUUUAAAUAUCUUUGGGUGUGUUCCUGGAAGUUUAAAAAAUAGAUUGGAGAAUUAGGUUUUUAUUAGUACAUAGUACCAUUUAUACAAAUUAGAAAAUGUUAAUUUAACAGCUACUGAAUUAUCUAUAUAUACCUUUAUUAAUCACUAUUGUUCCAGCAGUUUUAAAGUUGAAUGAAUAAUCUUAUUAGGGAGAAAAUUCAAUUGUAAAUUGAAUCAGUAUAAACAAAGUUACUAGGUAACUUCAUAUUGCUCUGAAAGAAAUAUGGAACUUACUUACACUGUUCAAUUAGAAUAGUGUUCUGCAAAAAUAUUUAUAAAACCUCUCAAGAUUACUUACUGCUACUGUAAUUUUAUAUGAAAAUAAGUAUUUUUCAAUAAAGCACUUAUAAAUUAA